CCGGAAGCUCUGGUACGAGACGGGUUCAGGAGGCCGGAAGUUGCGCCCUCACUACUCGCCGUUUCAAAAUGCUGCUGAGGCCUUAGGGCCUGUGACUGACGCCCCCUCCCCCCCCCCGGGCUCGGCGGGGGAGCGACUCAUGGAGCGGCCUUAAGAUUUAUCAGCAGACGAAAAUUUCUUCACUGCCAAAAUGACAUCAUUUUCCACCUCUGCCCAGUGUUCAACUUCUGACAGUGCUUGCAGGAUCUCUCCAGAACAAACCAAUCAGGUACGACCAAAACAGCCACUUUUGAAGAUUUUGCAGGCAGCAGGUGCACAAGGUGAAAUGUUCACUGUUAAAGAGGUCAUGCACUAUCUAGGACAGUAUAUAAUGGUGAAGCAGCUUUAUGAUCAGCAGGAGCAGCAUAUGGUGUAUUGUGGUGGAGAUCUUUUGGGAGAACUACUAGGACGUCAGAGCUUCUCCGUGAAAGAUCCAAGCCCUCUCUAUGAUAUGCUAAGAAAGAAUCUUGUCACUUUAGCCUCUGCUACUACAGAUGCCGCUCAGACUCUCGCUCUCGCACAGGAUCACAGUAUGGAUAUUCCAAGUCAAGACCAACUGAAGCAAAGUGCAGAAGAAAGUUCCAGUUCCAGGAAAAGAACGGAAGAAGGCAAUAUUCCUACACUGCCUACCUCACAACAUAAAUGCAGAAAUUCUAGAGAAGAUGAAGACUUCAUAAAAAACUUAACGCAAGAUGAGACAUCUAAGCUGGACCUUGGGUUUGAGGAGUGGGAUGUAGCUGGGCUGCCUUGGUGGUUUUUAGGAAACCUGAGGAGCAACUAUACACCUAGAAGUAAUGGCUCGACUGAUUUACAGACAAAUCAGGAUAUAGGUACUGCCAUUGUUUCAGACACCACAGAUGAUUUGUGGUUUUUGAAUGAGUCUGUAUCAGAACAAUUUGGUGUGGGAAUAAAAGUUGAAGCUGCAGACACUGAACAAACAAGUGAAGAAGUAGGAAAAGUAAGAGACAAAAAGGUGGUUGAAGUGGGAAAAAAUGAUGACCUUGAGGACUCUAAGUCCCUAAGUGAUGAUACUGAUGUAGAAGUUACCUCCGAGGAUGAGUGGCAGUGUACUGAGUGCAAGAAAUUUAACUCUCCAAGCAAGAGGUACUGUUUUCGUUGCUGGGCGUUGAGGAAGGAUUGGUAUUCGGAUUGUUCUAAGUUAACCCAUUCUCUCUCCACGUCUGAUAUCACUGCCAUACCUGAAAAGAAGGAAAAUGAAGGAAUUGACGUCCCUGAUUGCCGAAGAACCAUAUCAGCUCCAGUUGUUAGACCGAAAGAUGUAUAUACAAAGGAAGAGAAAAACCCCAAACUUUUUGAUCCCUGCAGCUCAGUGGAAUUCUUGGAUUUGGCCCACAGUUCGGAAAGCCAGGAAACCGUAUCAAGCCUGGGAGAGCAAUCAGAUAGCCUUUUCGAGCAGAGAACAGGUACAGAAAACGUGGAGGAUUGCCAGAAUCUCUUGAAGCCGUGUAGUCUGUGUGAGAAAAGACCACGGGAUGGGAACAUUAUUCAUGGGAGGACGGGGCAUCUUGUCACUUGUUUUCACUGUGCCAGAAGAUUGAAGAAGGCUGGGGCUUCAUGCCCUAUUUGCAAGAAGGAGAUUCAGUUGGUUAUUAAGGUUUUUAUAGCAUAGCUGACUCCAUGAAUUGCAGAGAAAUAUUAACGGGCUACAUAUGUAUCAAAAUGUCAGUAUUGAGCAUCUCCACUCGGUGUAACCCACUGCAUCUGUUUAUUUAUUUAUGUAAACAUCCGUGUGUCGCAACAUUUUUCUUUCUACACUUAGAGGGAAUUUGAGAAUGAGUUCUUUAGAACUAGAUUAUCAGUUUGGGGCACUCCCAUUAGUAUGAAAAGGUGCGUUAAUCACUUCAUUCUCUCUUUAAAGAUGAGGAUCUGGGAGAAAGCAACUGUCAGUACAAACAAAAGUACUUUAAUUCGUUCACUUACCCAGUUACUUGAAGAUUUAGUAUUUCUCCAAUUAAUUUUAUUCCCUCUUCUUUUUUUCUGUUAGGGAGUGUUCUUCAAUUAAUUUUAUUCCCUCUUCUUUUUUUCUGUUAGGGAGUGUUCUUCAAUUAAUUUUAUUCCCUAUUCUUUUUUUCUGUUAGGGAGUGUUCUUAGGCAUCAAGAUCCAAGGUGGCUUUUAGAAAAAUAUUAGAGCUGACAAUGAAAAAAACAUAAGUAAUUUGAUUAGUCAAGCUGUGUAAUGCUAUAGAUCACUUUAUGGUUGCAAUCAGGCCACACAAUUCAGAUAAGCCAAAAGAAAAGUCUUGAGAAACAAGAGCAUUUUUGCUAACAUACCCCUGAAAGAAUUUUGAAAAACUAUAUAUAACCUUUUGCACAUUUUACACCUUGGGGUAUGAUUAGCAAACAAAGUGUUCCCUUAUGGUGAGUUGUAGACAUCUGAGUAGCCAACCUAAAACAAGCUACUCUAAGGGGACGGUUUCUGUCCCUUGUGCCCCUUUCCAAGCAGUUCCUUCUCCAUUUCAUGGCUCUCAUUCUCGGUUAGUUUUCUUUUUGCACAUGUUUAAUGUGACAUCUAAAUUUUAAAAAUAAAUUUAAGUACUUACAAAGGAUACCCUAUCCAAUAUAUUGUAUAUGUGCCUUAAAAAUGUUUUUCUCAAAGCCUUGGAGCUGUAUAUUUAGCUGAUUAAAUUUAUAGGAGAAGUCCUGUCAUAUAAAGUAGCAAAGCCUGUUCUCAUAUUAAAAUUCACCAGCCGAAUCAGAUUUCAUUUUCAGUCAGAAAAUGUUUGACUUUAUUUUUAAUUCAGAUAAAUGCACUAACACAUUUCUGGCACAAGCUUCUCAAUUAUAGUUCUAAGAUAGAUGAGGUGCAGAGUUUUUAACCGAAGCUCUCUUUGCUUUACUCUGUCCUCAUUGUCCCUUGAGAAUUUUUUUUUUUUUUUUUUUUUUAUUGUUGUUCUUUUGUUUGAUGCCUCCAGAGGUUUUUUACAUUCUGAGGCAAUGCCCCGUAGUAAGAUUCUAGAUGGGUAUGAGUCAGCCUUUCUUUUGGAAAUAGGGAGUAUGGCAGUUGUGAAAAUGAAAAUAAGUAAAGAAAAAUGUUAGAUCUGAAGAAGCCUUAUCUGAGCACAUAAAUCUUAGGGCAAUACAUAUGGAAAUUGAAGAUCUUUAAGCUGAUGUCGUUAUACAUAUUCCUGUCUGCUUUCCCCAUGGAAAAAAUCUUGAUGUAUGCCCGGGGGUUUGCAUAUGAGAUUUUGAAGACCAUGGCCCUAGAAUUAACAAAUUUACUGAUCAUAAAAAUCACCUCAGUUGCUUGUUAAGAAAAGCCCAAGUCAAAACAAACAAACAAACAAACAAACAAAUUUAAACAACAGCCCUGUUUCCCCCCGUGAGGGGUUUCUUUCCACUAGAACAUGUGUUCUGGAAGCUGGUAAAUGGUCCACAGACCACACUUUGGGAAGCCCUGCCCUGGAAGGAAGGGUUUUCCCAGUUACAAGAAGUACAACGAACAAGAUUGCUUUUAGCAUCAUAUUUAAUUUCUUGAGGGGGAGUUUUGUUAAAAGUUCUAGAAGUUUAAAACUAGAAUGCACUCUUAAACUCAACCCCUGUUAUUUUGCACUUCAGGCUAAAAGGUAAAUGAUAGCCAAGAGUCACAGCUAGUGAUGCAACUGUUACUAGAAUCCAAGUCCCUUGUAGUAAAUCCCGAAACCAUGCUCACUUUCUUCUCAUUAUUUGUUAAAUAUUUAAAGGGUGAUGCUUGUGCAAUUUGGGUUCAAGGUGCUCAUCAUCUUAAAAUCUUGCAGAAUAUGACUUGCAGCCGAAGUAGGACUUUAGAGAGAAUGACUUAACACUUUCUCCCCAAAGAGAAAAGGCCCAGUAAAUAUCAGCCUUUCUUUUUUUUUUUUUUUAAAGAUUUCAUUUAUUUAUUCAUGAGAGGCAGAGAGAGAGAGAGAAGCAGAGGGAGAAGCAGGCUCCCAAGGAGCAGGGAGCCCGAUGCCGGACUCGAUCCCAGGAUCCUGGGAUCAUGACCUGAGUCGAAGGCAGACGCUUAACCGUCUGAGCCACCCAGGCCCCCCCCCCCUUUUUUUUAUGUUGCAAAUGUAUUUAAUGCUAUGGAAAGAUCUAACCAUAUAGUCAUCAUCUACCCAUUAUCCCAACGUCUUCUUAGAGAAACCUAACAGUUUUCUCUCUUCGACCUCCUACACCUCUUCAUCCAUCUUCACUCAGCCUAACCUUGCUUCCUAUUUUAUUGACAAAACUCAAUCAGAAAAGACUUAUGCAAUUUACUAGCACAACACUGACCUACCAGCCAGCAUCUCUGCCAUAGAUGUUCCUCUCUUGUUCCACUGGCUGGAACAUCUUGGUGCAGACUAAUUCCCUCACUUGUACACUAGAUUCUGUCCCCUCCGCACCAUCCAUUAAAGAAGAUGCACAACAUCAUAAUGACACAAGAGGGCGCUUUAAAUGAGGACUCUUGCAAACCACUCCAAAUCAACACUCUUGAACAGGCGUAGGCAUAAGCAUUCUUCAUCUAUACAAAACUUUUUUAUGCCUUUUAUUUUCAUGAAAUAUCAGCCUUUCUUAUAUAAUCAGAUCUAAGUUACUUCUCCCACAGGGAGAGGACAGAUGAAGGUACAGGGGAAACUGAACCACUUUCUCCAGUAUUGUUCCUUCUUAGGGAAGGAAGCCCAGGUCUCUCGCUCUCUCCAGGUAUCAGGGACAAAGGUUUUCCCCUCGAAGCAGAACGAGUCCUCGGAGUUCAGUGUUCUGUUAGACCGUGGUGAAUGCAGCAAGUUAAAUGUCUAUCUUCCCUAUUUUCUCCCAAGUGCUUCUGUCUUCAGAAUAGUUUGAUAGCCCUCAAUUUUGUCUGAUUUUUGCCAGUUAGGAGCUUUUGCAGGUGAUGACUUAAAGGAGGGACAGGGUGAGUAGGGAAUCUGCACUUGCACCCUCUGAUUCCUCUUACGUAAAGCUGCAAUUUUUGGAAAACUUAAGAAAAAAUUUAAAAAUUUUAUUUGCAUUUGUAGAUAUUUGAUGCUAAUUUUGGUACAUCCUUGCCUAGCAUAGGAUCCUCUUCUGCUACUCAGCUUUCCUUCUCCCCCUUGCUCACCUGGGUUUUUUGCUGUCCCCAUUACCACUAAAUCCUUUGCUUGGAAGAUUCCAAGCUGCAUGUUUGAGCUGUGAGUCUUAGAAUAAACCUACACUUGGGUUUACUGUCCCUCUAGCAAGAGCCUUGUGAGUCACUGCAACUGUUACAGAGAAAGAGCUGAUAGUCCCCCCAUAGCUCAUCUGAAUGCUGCUGCAGAUUGUUUUCCUUCACCCAGGAUCCUUAUUUCAUGUCUUCACGAGCAUAGGACAGCAAGGAGGAUUUCUUGUGGUAAAAUGGGUCCAGGAUCCUACAGAGAGCCAAAUAGUGCUAUCCGAGCAAUGCUUUAGACCAUCUUGAUUCAUCUUUCAUCUUGUUCUUUUUUCAACGCUACUGCGGUACAGGUGUAUUUGACUGCCAUGAAAGCAAUACAUGGUCUUCAUGGUUUUCCUCCUAUGAGAUAAACUCUUGAUUUCUACACACUACCAUUUAUCUUUUAGUUGUCGUCAGAGAGCCAGGGCUCUGGUUUUCUGGAGACAAUGCCAGUUUACCCCUCUUUUCCAGCGGCCCAUCUGAUUUGUCUCCUUUUCUCUUCACUCUCAGCUGCCUGAGGUGAAAUCUUGAUUGUGAGGAAAGGAUCUGUUCAAGUAGGUGCCUGCAGAGUUGACUGUUUGUGCUGUAUCAUGCUAUAGACCUAGGAUUAAUGAAAUCAUCCCACGUUAGUGCUUGGCUUCUCUCCCCUCCCCUCCCCUCCCCUCCCCUCUCCUCCCCUCCCCUCUCCUUCCCUUCCCUUCCCUUCCCUUCCCCUCCCUUCCCUUCCCUUCCCCUCCCCUCCCUUCCCUUCCCUUCCUUUCCCUCCCCUCCCCUCCCCUCCCCUCCCCUCCCCUCCCCUCCCUUCCCUUCCCUUCCUUUCCCCUUCUCCUUCCCUUUUCUUUUUUUUUUAAGUAAUCAGUACGCCCAAGGUGGGGCUCAAGAUCAGGAGUUGCGCACUCUAUACUGACUGAGCCAGCCAGGUGCCCCAGCACCAAAUUUCUUAUUUUAAUUAUCAUUUAAUAUUUAUGAUCAUGUUAUCCUGGACAGAAAGUUCAGAGCAAAAACAACAAAUCCUUAGAAACAAUGAAUUUCUAGGUUACAGCUAAAAUGUCUCCUGUCUCAUUAACUCACUGUUCUUGCACCGUACUUACAACAUUUGCUAUGCUUUUGUAUUAAAUACUUAAAUCAGACUUUAUAAAAAUCUUAAGACCAAGUCUUCAGAUGCAUAUUGCCAUUUCCCCACAGUCCACCUCUGGAAUAUUGAAGGUUCGCAAUCCUAGGCUUGAACAAUGGAUCACUGUCAGCCAGGCCAGCCUACAAACUGCUGUGAACUUUUCUAAUACGAGAUGGAAUCACUGCCAAGCAUUUGAAAUAUGCAGUUGUGUUUUAAUAAUAAUUUAUGUAUAUUUAGGUGUAUAUAAUGCUUUGUGGGACAUUAUUUUGUUUGUUAGAAUUUAUUUUUAAAGGUCAGGAUCAUUUGUAACAUUUUCUUUAAAAUGUCAGUUCAGUGCAUUGUUGGCUCCUUUGAACAGUCAUUGACGAGAAAUUGGUGAAUAUUAGAUCUUGGGUUCUAUAGAACUACUGUAGUAUUAUCUCUUGGUUCUCUUUAGAAAGGAGGAAAUUUUUUUUUUUUUUAAAGAUUUUAUUUAUCCAUUUGACAGAGACACAGAGAGAGGGAACACAAGCAGGGGGAGUGGGAGAGGGAGAAGCAGGCUCCCUGCAGAGUAGGGAGCCUGAUGUGGGGCUCGAUCCCAGGACCCUGGGAUCAUGAUCUGAGCUGAAGGCAGACGCUUAACAACUGAGCCACCCAGGUGCCCCAAAAGGAGGAAAUUUGUUAACCAGAUAUUUGGGUUUUUUCCCACAGAGAGUCAUGUGAACUUCUGAAAGUACAUGCCUUAGAUACUGUGAAGCCAUUGUUUUUCAUUUACCGUAGUAUCUACUUAAAUUGUUGACUGGUGUCCUAAAGAAUUUAUUUUGAUGAUUCUCUUCAUUCAUGAGUAUAUAUGUAUGCACAUAUACUAUCAAGACUGCCAAUGCCUUUGCUGAAAAUGGCUAUAGAAUAGGAACUAGUUGUGUUUCAGGUCUUCACUUCAAAGAUAACCCGUAAGCUCUCCCCUGUGCCAAAAGCAAGAUGUACAAUGUUUACAAAUGUCUGGAAUUUUGCACUGCCAUAGGGUAUGCCGAGGUUACUUUGCUGGAAUCUUCCAGAUGGUGAUUAGUGGAGUUGUAGUUUAGCAUAUGAGGAGAGAUACUGAGGAUCUAAAGCUAAACUGGAAAUGAGUGAGGUAGUGGUUGAGGUGACUCCCUGACCUAAUUUGGGGACAGUUUUUCCAGAUUGCUUUGAGACGUCCUGUCUGUGGACAGCGCUUUCCUCGGUCACCAUUGCUACCUUCUUCCUUUUAUAGGAGCCACUGGAUCUCUUCUCUCCUGUGGGAGAGUGUCCCCCAAGCAUUCUGAGAUCUUUUGGUAGAAGGAAUGUGCAAUCCCAAGGAACGCCAUUAUUGGUGAAUGUGGCAUUGUUAAAGAAAGUAGAAUCUUAAAGAUCCCUUGGGUUUACUGUGCCUCUCUCAGGGCCUUUCGAGUGACUGAAAAUGUUGCCGAUUGGUGUAUCUGCAGACAGAGGUAGUUGAUACUUGUUGGUAGCUUAGCUGGAGUCCCGGAUGCUGUUGCUGCUGCGGAUUGUUUUCCUUCACCCAGGAUCCUUACUUAAUGUCUUCCGGGAGCAUGGGACAGCAAGUACGAGUCCUCAUUUCUUGCGGUAGAAUGGGUCGAGGAUCUUAAAAAGGGUCAAACAGUGCUGUCAGAGCAAUUCCUUUCCCAGAAUAGUUGCUAUAAUUUGGCAAAUGCUUUCUUGAAAAUUGACAUUAUCACUAUGACACUGACCAUUAUUAGAGCACGUAAUGUCUUAUCCCAAGGCAUUUUUUUUUUUUUUAACAGUAACUACUUUGAUGUCAUAAACUUUCUCCUUCCUCUUCCCUUAUUAUUGCUCUUUUUUCCUCAGAGUUCACAGUGAUCUACUUCUGGAUAUUGCUUUUAUACCAAAGGCCUUUUGUAUCACCCCGUGGGUGGUUGGAACUACAAUAUCUUUAGAUAAGACUCCUCUUUUCCUGUCAGUCCUGGGGAAUGUUUCUUUUGCAGGGGUAGGUGUUGGAUUCUAGCAAUAAGGAAGGGAAGCUGUGAUACCAGAGCUACUGUCUAAUAAAAAACAACUUGUAGUUCAGGCUUCCUUUGUGUCCGUGAUGGGGGAGCAGGGAAAUGAGCUCCCCUUUUACCCCAGCACUAAGAAACUGAGGCCAGCCUUCCCUCUUCUUACAAGAGGCCCUUUUUCCCCUGCAGUUUGCCUUGUUUUUCACUUCCUUUUAAAAUCAAAACAUCUCCUUUGGUUUUUUUCUUUCCUCCUUUUAAAAAUAAUAGAAAAUGUUUUAAAAGGAGAAUGAAAUGUUUCUGGCCUCCUCAGUACUUGGCAAGGUAGAAGUUGUAAGCAGCUUCUGCAUAGGACUCUGUCCCUUAGUCUACAGGUAGGCACUGUUAAGUGCCUUUUGGAUAGAGAUAAGGAGUGUAAGAUCCUUCCGCCAUCUGCAGUCCCAGUCAUCACCUUUCUAAGCCUCAUUUUUUUCAUCUGUUAAAUGAACACGCAUACUACCCUUUCUACCUCAUAGUUAUGGAAGUUAAGGAUCUGGAGCAGCUUAACCUAUAUAUACAUUGCCUUGAAUGACAUGUUGAAAAUGGUUAUACAGAUUUCUGGGGUAUAUAUUCAGAAUACCUCAUGUCCUGGAAGCUGAGCACAAGCUCCCCGUAGUGCCUGCCUAGCAGAGUGUAUGUUGCUUCCUUGUACCUAUGGGUGUAGGUACUUACACAUAUAUACUUCAUAUAAGUAGCCUGUAACUUAUAUGUAACUUCUUGGUAUGAAGCUCCUGACUAGAAAAGAGUUCUGUCUCUAGGUUGUGAGAGAAGUGUGUGUAAAUUUGGAUAGUAGAUACAACUGCUCUGCCGUGGUCUGGAUGGACAAAAAUUUUCUACUUGCACUUGAGUAGGUGGCCUAAAAGGAUAUACAGAAAACAUGCAGUUUUCCAAAUAACAUAUCUGCUCAGGUAAGCAUAAUCAACAGGAGUGUAGCAAAUGUGGUUUCAUAAAGUGGACAGAAAAAAGCAAUGUCAAGUAACUUUUUGAAUAGUGGCCAGCUCACUAAAUGAGGAGACAUUUUCAUGUGUUUUUGCCUAGUCCUUUUAAGCAAUAAGUUAAUGGCUCUGUAUCUUUCUGGGUUUUGCACUAUGUAAUGCUUUUAAUACCUUUUGAUUCUGUUGUGCUUUCUGGUGUAUUAAAUAUUUUUCAUUUUGCCA